GGUGCGCUUGCGUUUUAGUCGGGUGUGCGAGCACCGAACUGGCCGUGCUGCUUGGCGCUGCCUGGCCGUGUCCGUGUCGCGGUACGCGUACGUGAUCUCGCCCUACUUGGCGCAUACCGAGUGUUUUGUUUGUGUAUCUUAACCUCUGCGGGCGCACACAGAGCGGACUCGGAGUGCUCCAGCCCCACGGUCGGCGCAAAUGGACGGCGACGCCUGCACCUAGUGAACGCCGAGACGGCAGGAGGAUGGUGAACGACGAUCUCGUCGACGAGAUGGUUGAACCCGCCCAGGAGCACAAUGCGGAACAGGAGCAGCAGGCGAGCGAUGGGAGCGAUAACGACGACAAACCGUUGCUCAAAACAAGCGGCAAUACGGACGCAUCGUUGUCGAAUGAUCAACUUGUGGUCAAGCAGGAGGAUGACAGAGUUAGCUCCACUAGCCUCUAUUGUAGCUUGCCGCUGAGUCGCGAUGUGCAGAGUAUCAUUGAUACCUUUCCGAAGAGUACGGAUCCGGAGCGCAAAAAGACACGCAAACUGCCUUGUUUGUAUUGUGAGCGCACGUUUGUCGCAGACGGCCUGCGGCAGAAGCACGUCGAGCGCUGCCAUUCCGUGAAACAGGCGCGUCGUUCCAGCUCACGCUUCCAGCAGGGCGCCGUCACCACCGCCGGCGCCGCCCCAACAACGACGCUGCAAUGCCAAUUCUGCGACGCGUUUCAGCCGCCGGCUGGCGACGAUGAUCUAAGCGAUCUGUUUCGUCAUCUCGUGGGCGAGCACGCCGAUCGAUAUUUCGCGUGCGUCGCUUGCCGCGAACGAUUUGUGCUCAAGACGCAUCUGGAUGAGCACAAAGAGGAGGCACAUGGUAUUAAGAAGGAGCACGUGGACGCGGAGAGUGUGAGCGUGGAGGAGACUGGCGCGAAGAGUAAAGGAUUCAAUCAUAAGAGCAAAACAAAAGAUUUCAAACCGAAUGAUAGCCAGGAUCAUAAUUCGAAAGAUGAGAAAAUCAUCAUGGAGCAUAAAGAGUUGCGCAGUAAGAAGACACCGAUUAAAAGUACAAAAUUAGGCACCAAGCGUUCGGCGCGCUUGCAGAACAAAGAAUCACCGUCACCCAAUAAGAACAACUCCUCCGCAUCCAGCACAACGUCAUCCUCGUCAUCCACAUCGUCGAAAAAGAAAAUCAAAGCAAAGGAAGUGAUUCCGGAUGCGAGCGAACGGGAAAUUCAGAAAGCCGCAACGCACGAGAAUCCGUAUCCGACAUUCGACGCCUUCUAUCGGGUCAAGAAAAUCACUGAUCAUUCGAUCGACAACCUCCGAAUCACAUCGCUGACAUUCAGUGAUGUUUUCGACCAGGCUUUCUACACCCGGAUCAAGUGCAAUAUUGCCGACAACCUGCAAAACCACAUCGACGGAAAGCUCUUCAAAAAUGAGGAGUCCGAAAGCCGGAUUUCCAACUUUGAGAAAACGCAGACCGAGAUCAAACCCGCCGAGAAUAAUUACGGUUGCGAAAUAUCAUUGCACGCGGCCACGCCCGUUGCGACUUUUCUCGCGCCUCAAUUAGGUGACGAUCCCGAAGCGCAGAUUGAAUACGGAUCGAAAGCUUCCAAAAAGAAACCGAAACCCGAUGAGGUGCAUUACAAAUAUUUCACACGCAGAAAGUACCAGGCUAGUAUACAGGAGAUUAAAGAAAAUCGUGAUUUGUCUAAGUUAGACAUGUGGACACAAUAUGUGGUCAAGAAUCGUCAACAGGCGAUUGCGAAUACAGCACGCAGUGAGAAGGAAAAGCAGGAUUAUAAGAAAGGUGACGAAUACCGCGCCAAGAAACAAAAUGAGGAGUUGAAUCGAAUAUUGGACCGGCGUGGACCUUUUGAAGAUCUUAAACUGGAGGCAAACAAACAAGCCGUGUUGGAUGGCAGUGUUUCCCGGGAAGCUCGUGUUGAAGUCUCCUGUUUCCUGGAGGAUGUGCUCCAGCGGGUGUUUGACCUUACGCAACCGGAGGUUUUAGUCCCGGGUGUUAAAACAGAGCUGACCGAUUCCGAAAUGCCUGCCUAUUUGAAUUUGAGACGGGCUUCUUUGGCCGGUGACACACACGUUGAUCGUUCGGAUAAAAUCACAUUGAUUUGCUCCUCGGAGGAGACGGAGAACUUCGAGGCGCCACAAGUGUCCCCGCGGGACAAGCACGCGCUGGUCGAAUUAUCCGGCGAAUGGACGAGGUCAAGGCUGUUCAUUUGCGCUGCGUGCGGAAUGCGUCCGGCCAACAUGCGGGAAUUAAUGGAUCAUAAGAAUAUCGUGCAUCAGAAUGUUUGGUGUCAACAUUACGAGUUUGUCGGGAAGCAGGGCGCGUAUUAUAAGCAUCUUAGUAUUCCGGGUCUGGGGAAGAUGAACUUUGUAGAGGAGUCGCCGGUGGUUAAGAGCUGGACGCGUAGUACUGCGCGCCAGUGUACCAAGUGCAAAAAAGUGUGCAACUCGCUGGGAGAGCUGCAUCGGCAUAUUCUCGAGUGCGGCGAGGACUGGAGCUGGAUGCUCAUUAGGAAGAAGUGCAAAUAUCGACCAUACGGCGCCAAGACGCGAAGAAAACGCAGAGGACUGCUUAAACGACACGAGCCACCCAAGAAAGAAAACAAAGAGAAAAAGACUUACAAGCGUACUGAGCGGCCACGGGAGAAACCGAGCGACGCUGAAACCAUUCAACGGAUGUUGGCCAACCUUCCUGCUAAGCGCGCCACACGUACGGAAAUGUCCCUCAAGGAUGGCUUCCCGAAGGCCAGCAAGAAAGUGGACGUCAAGAAGGCGAAGAAUCAAAAACUACCGAAGACACGCGCCGAGAAGCUUCUCCAGGAAAGCUCGACGUUAGUUAAACGCAAAGUGCUGGUCGCGAGCAAGUGCAAUCCCGUUAAUAAAGUACGAAAAUCAGUGCGCAAUUUAAACAAAGUGAUCUCCAGUUCGCUUAUCGAUAAUAACAUUAUGGUGCGGCGGAAGUAUAAAGCCUUACAGGCAAAGCGUGCUACACCUGCACGAGGCGGUGAUAUGCCGCAAGCGCCUGUAGAAUUAACGGAGGAGCAGCGUGCGGAGGAAGUGAAAAAGAAAAUUAGUUUAUUUAAAAAGGUGCAGAAGUUUCGUCGUUCGGUUAUUAAAAAACGAACGACCAAGGUGAGCUCGAGUAGCGGCGGCUCCGUCGAAAAACUAUCUCCUGAAGCCGGCACUAGCGGACACUUGCGCAAAGUGGGUGACAAUUGGCGUAAAACACGCAAUUCAAGUAAUCUUACGGAUAAUUCAAGUGCUUCUAGUGAUAGGCUUGCAAAGUCACCGAAAAAGAAAAAGUUGCGCGCGAACUUUGGUACCAAACUGCUGCGUACACUAAGCAUGCGCCGAAAGAAUAAAACCGAUGAGGAAACCGCGUCGACUUCGUCCGCAUCCACUGCAAAUGCGCCGGAAGAAAAACGCAAGCGCUUUGCGGGCAUUAGGAAAGUGGUUAAAAAGUUGAAAGUGACUAAUCAAAAGAAUAAAAGUGAUAAAAAAGCGACGAAAUUAGUUGCGAAUGAGGAACGUGUGGAGGUGCCGUCAAACGAGCAUUUUUUAGAAGAAAGUACCCGCGAAGACGCUAUCAGGACUAUAAGUGACUCCCAGGAGAUAGAGAAACGUGAUAAUGACAAUAGACCUUCAGCUAUUGCACCCUCUCUCAGUAGUGUUAGUGAAAUAAAUAAUAAACUUGUCAAAAACAUUAAUGAAGCGCAAGACACUUUAGUGCACCAGACCUCCGCUAGUGAUAAAGAUACUACAACUCAGUGUGCUCCAAACAUAACAAUUACAUUAGCUGAUAAGGAUAUCGAUAGCAUGGAUAAUUUGUGUAAUACAGGAAAUGUCCCACCGAGUGUACCUUUACUAACGACUGUGAAUGCUCUGAAUGAAACUCUCAGCGUUAGCAUUAAUUCUGCAUCAGACACAACGCAAUGCCAGCUCUCUACUGAUGGCAUCACGACGCCGACGUGUGGAGGACAACUCACUAGUCCGCUCUCAUUGCCGUCAUUGUCACCGUUAUUAGGAAGGAGCAAAAGCAAACUAUGCAAACGUGCCAAAGGCCUAAACGAUUGCAUUGCGAUGCUGACCUCAAAGCUGCAAUGCAAAAGUGACACCCCAGCGACAACUGUGGUUCACAGUCCUGUCACAACUAUAAAAGAAACAGUUUCUCUUCUUGUCCAACAACAACCCGAGACACCAGUGGUGGUUGUUAGUCCGCAUGAUACAACAACGGAGGAACAGAAUGUUGUAAUUCCUGAGGAGACUGUUUCGGAAAAUUUGGAGAGUGCCAAGGAACCAGAAGCGGCGCCACCAUCACCCUUGCCCAUAAAGAAUUCACCACCCGAGGCGGCCAUUGCACCUUCCAUGCAAACAGCCAUUACGAUUAAUGACUUGUCCAGUCCAGUUAUUGAACAGGAUAAGGAAAAUAUUGAAAUGGAGCAGAAGACUUUGAUGCCUGUGAUCAAACAAGGAUAUGAUGUAGCCGAUUUGAUCAAGUGUUUUGAAGAGAUUCAUCCGAAAGAGAUUCGUAAUGGGCAUUUGGAUCACCACGCCAAGGCUGACGUUAUUAACGGUUUAAAGGGUUUGACUAAAAAGUCGACCAAACCAGUUGUGAGGAAAAUUGGAAGCAACCGCAAGCCGCCAAAUAAACGCACUGAAAGGACGUUUGUUCAGGAACAAUUGAACGUUGCCCGCUUGGAGCAGGAUCUUCUUUUGAAUGAUUUCGAACGAAAGAUGGGCAGCAAUAGAAGGAGCUUACCGCAGCGAAAAACAAAGAAAACGUUUGUCGAUUUGAAAAUUCCGAAAAUUAACAAAAAACUAUCCACCAUUAUAGAGGAGUCACAAUUGUUGAACGAUUCUAUUUACGUGCCCAAAACGUGUGCGACUGAUAAAUCUCAGGUUAUAUCUAAUGCACCUCAAACACCACAUCUUGUUCACGCUGUCCAACAAAAUCACUUAUCUACGAAUGUUUCUGAGGAAAAGGAUGAACUGCCGGUUGAUUUGUCUUUCACUAGGAAACCAGAAUUGCUGAUUGAAGAUGAUGUACCGGUGGAUUUAUCUACGAAGAAAUGUGCAGUAAUUGACAUUAUAUUGCCGGGAAAUGAUAAUGUGACCGACCAGAAGAACACGCCUUACGAAGUAGCGCCAGAGCGUCCCAUUGAGACUGUUAAUUUCAAUCUUAAGUCAAACGUUCCAAUAGAAAAUGAAGCCAUCGUAUUGGAGACCAAAGUUAUUCCGAAGCCGUCUCCACCUCAGAUCGAGACCAACAGUGAGUCUGAAGAUGAAUUACCGCUUGCCACUUUGUUAAAAAGCAUCGGCCCUUCUGUUAGCAACCCGGAUAACAGUGGUGAAUGUGAAAAAGUUAUUGCUAUUGAUAAAGAAGUCUCGAAUAUUCCAGCCGGUAUUGUUACUCCAGAGAAAGUUAAAUCACAAAUACAGGAAGCAUUUUUAAAGAAAGUCAAGAAAUCUAGUAAAAAUGAUCCGCAAACGCAGAAUAAAAAUAAUCGUAAGAGGAAAUCUGAGGUGGCGUCCUUGCACACGUAUUUCAAUCCGGUUUUGGAACCAAUUGUUAUCAGCGAUGAAGAAUCAGCAAUUAGGAAAGAAGCGUCCAAAAUAGAUUCUGCAGUAGUAACAUCCACAAACUUAUCAUCUCAGUUAGAAAAUAAAAUCAGUAUUGAUCAAACACUUCAAUAUCAAAAUAAAGUCAGUUUUGAAACGCCUAUAAUAUUUUCCGGGGAGUCUGUGGUUUGCACCCCAGAUAUUGGAUUGUCCAUUGAAGAUAUGCUAAUGCCAACAGUUGUGGAAGAAAUUGAUUUUGAAGACGUAAUACCGGUUGUCUCCAUUUCACCCUCCGAAGCUGUUAAAUGUAAUCGUAAUCGAGAUACAGGCAAAACAGUUGAAGAGCUUAUGAACGAAAGCGGAUUGAAAAAUAAUGGUAAUCAUGUUAAUUACGAUGCUAUUAUGAUUCCAGCACCCAAAUCUAAACGGGGUCGAAAGCCAAAAUCUAAAUUACCUGUGUUGGUGACACCAGAGAAGAAAACAGUAUCGGUACGACAACUUAUUAACGAUUUUAAUUGUACAAUCAAUCAUUUGAAUUUUGGAAAUGCGAUUAAUUCUGUUGCUAAGAAAGAGUGCGAGGUGACCGAAAGUAUUUCUGCUCAACAUUCGGAAAUUAAAACCUCUGAAGUUGAAGAAACGCAAAGUAAUGUAGUUAGUGAGCAGGAAACGCCAAAUGACGUCAGCACACCUGUAGAAACUAUAAAAGAUCCUGAAAUAAUUGCCGAAUCUGAUAGUAAAAAAGAAAGUUCAGCUAAAAAAGUCACGCUAAAAGUACGUAAAGUUGGCAGGCCUAAAUCAAGACGCACUAAAAUGCUCGAAAAGUCAAAGAAAUCGGUUACAAAACAAAGUCUUGCAAUAGAAGUGGAAAAUGUAAUUAAAACCUCAGAUGAUCCGAUUGAAGCAAAUGUUGAUACAGCAGAAGGCACAACUACAGUAACUCCUGAGGUUGCAGCAGAAGUUCCAUCUUUAACUUCAGAAACUUCUCUCGAACAUUGUUCAAACGUUGAUGUGGUUGCUGGUCAAGAACACCGCACGCCAAUUACCAUCACAGAGGAAAAUGACAAAACGCCUGAUUUAGUUUCUGAAGUGGCUGGUGUUGUGGAAGAAAAAGUUGAGAAUUUGGAGCCUGCCGUCGAAGUGACAGAAACUCCGGAAGGAAAUAAAAAGUCCAAAUCAAAAACAAGAAAGGGAAAGAAAACGAUUGCCGAUACUAUUCCACUUGUACCGGAACCCGAAGAAACUAAACAAAUUAUUAAUGAUUUAUUGGUUCCGGUUGAAGAAAAGGUCGUUGACGAAUUGCAAACCACCCCGAUCAAAAUCAAAGGAAAACGCGGCCGAAAACCGAAGAGAAAAUUUAGAGCAGUUCCCAGAGUUUUAUCAGAUCCUAAUACUGUUGAAAACGUCACUGUAACACCUGAAGAAUCAAUUUCGGAAACACCAUCUAUUGUUCCAUCGCCGGAUAUUACCAAAACACGAUCGCGGAAGCGCAAAUCUGAUGAUGACAGUUCUCAGCCACCGGUAACAAUAGCAACUGAAGACACUAAUCUUACAACCCCUUCAAAUGCGGCAGAGAAUGAACCUAAGAAAUCAAUUGCGAUCUAUGAUUUUGAUGAAGAGGACGAUGAAUGCACUGGCGACAAUUCGAAAGAGAACAUGGACCAUCUUAAAACUAAAACAAUCAAACGAAGUAAACGCAACGGACACAGUCCAAGCAAAGUACACGUGGUUGAUGAUGAAAAUAAUGGUAAAUUAACUAAAUCUGUGAAAUUAUUAACAUCAAAAGAGACACAGGAAACUACCCAUGAGGAGAUAAACACACCAUUGAAAGAUGUACAAAAUGAAUCGUUCAUUCAGACUCCAGAUCUUAAUGACUCAGCGUUAGCUACUAAACUCGUAAGUCGUUUCAAGGUAAAGAAAGGGAAGAAUUCGAAAGCUAAAAAAAUACCGAUUGAAACAAUUCAAGAACAUUUGUGUGAAAUUUGUAAUAAACAAUUCGGACGGCUUGAUAGUUUAAACAAACAUAAACGAACCUUGACGCACAUUGCAAAAUUAUCUGAAAUUGAAGCUUUGGAAGCCGAAGCAAAGAAGAAACAGAAUGAUUUGAUUGAAAAUGAUUCAAAAGAAGAAGACAAUGAAACGCCUGAAACAAAAUCAAACAUUCCUGAAAAGCAGCCCGUUGAAGAAGAAGAAAAGAAUGCCGAUGCUGAGAAAGUUGUGGAACCACCAGAAGAAGUUGAGAAAAUUGUUGACAACAUUACCACAAAGGACAUAAUUGAAAAAUUGGAUGAAACAAAUAUACUAUCACCUACUUCGGAAUUUAUGCGUGGUAGAUCUCAUUCGGAUGUAACAAAGAGCAUGCUGGUAACGUCCCCGUUUAGUCUUAAAACUAACAACGAUUCUCUGCGGCUUGCCGAUAUCAUAAGCGACGUACUAAAUAAACCUGUUGAAAAUAUGGACAAUUAUUCCGACGUGGACAAACAAUGCCAGCAGGAACCCAAACGUUACAAAAGUUUGGGCGAACGUAAAAGUUUCGACUCUGAUUCCGUUGCUUACACACCCACACAGACUUUUAACAUUAGCCCCGCGUCAACCCUAAUCAACAAAAGCUCCUCCGAUGAAUUUUUGAAGAAUCAAUUGUCUUUGUUGGAGAAUAUCAUCGAAGAAAAUAAAGCCAGUUUUGAGUAUAUGGACGAUACGACAGUGCAAUCUGUACAGUCUAUUGGGUCCGAUAAAUCAGAUAGGUGUCCAUCUGAUAUGAGUUUGGUGAGCGAUAUUAAGGCCGAUGACUCUUCCAGAAUCAUAUCUUACAGCGAUGAGAGGAACUUUGUCAAACCCAACGCGCAGUACGAGGAGAUAUCCGAAGAUAGUAUGAAUAACCGCAAUUACGAACAGGAGCGUUCUAGAAAGACUCUCAACCGUGACGAAGAACUCUUUCUUGAGUGUUGUAGCCUACUUAAGAGUAGUUCAGAAGUUAGCGAAAGUAAGAAGUCACGUGCGACGCUCGUGUCUGAUUAUAACAUCAAAAAUCGAUCCGAUGACACAAAUAAUUGCGGCAAACAGAAGGACCUGGAUAGCCGGAGAUUGGUCAAUGACGAUGAUUUCAUGUCGGAUUCCUGUCCGAAUACGCCAAUUGGAGACACGUUUGAUGACUUCUCGAAUUCGGACUCGAUCAAAACUGAUUGGAGCACUAAGAUGAACAAAAGAGAGUAUGAGGACAUCUCACAAUCUUCAGUGCCGCACGUAGGACGUGAAGAAAAUAACUUUAAACCGUUUAACUUUAAAUUGGAUUCUAAGUCCGAUAUUGACGAGAGCAGCAAUAGCGUGGACUUUCGGAAGAACAUCAACGCUAAGUUUGUUGGUUUAAUCGCGGAAGCAAUGAAGGGAAAAUCACCUAAACGAAAGAAGCAGAAAGAACGAAGGAAAUCCGAUACCACGCAAACGUCUAUUAUUGACUAUGCUGUUCAACUGACACCUAAAAGUUCAUCAAACAGUACUGAUAAUUUCACCGACCUCACCAAUGACAGCAAGAAAGUUAUGACUAAAGGAGCGAUGAAAGUCUUUGAAGGAUUGAAAGUAUCAAUACCAACUGAUGAGAUUGACAUGAAUCAAGUUUUGGACUGCAGCCCAACAUCAAAACGUCUCGAAAUUGAAGAAUCUGCUAAAAUUAUUUGUAAAUCAAAAGGUCUCAACUUUGGAAACAAGCUGGGGAUGAAAGUGACGAAGAGACGCAACACCCGAACGCGAAAACAAGGCGAUUAUCUUACAGAUAGUGAUAAAUUACCCGAUGUUUAUGAUUUUGAGGAGACUCAGGACAAUACCGACUUGUUUUCGUCUGCUUCUAAAUUGAACUUCCGAAAUGGCAGUAAAUUUGGCGACAAAGAUAUCGUGCCGGAAAAGAAAGAGAUUAAGUCAACCAAGAAAGCGAAGCUAGCUGCGCUUAUUGAUGAUAUUAUUGAAAGUGAAUCUGAAAGCAACAAUCAAGAUUUAGAUCUCUUUGGUGCCGAAGUUCAAUCCGUUAAUUCAUUCUCUACCGAAACAGAGUCGAGUACUUCCAUAAAACCAUCUGGUAUUCCUACACCACAAGAAAAUAUCACUAAAAAGAAAUGUCAGAUUAUGGGCAGGAUUUUUAAGAACGCAUUUAAGGCUAAAGUUGAAGGAAGCAAGGAGAGUACGCCGGUUGAUGAAGGGGACGCUCUUGAUAAGUAUAUAAUUGGCGGGCCAGUGGAAGAAAUUGCAACGCCACCACCUGAAAAGUCUCCGGCGCCAAAAGAGCGGCCAAAAAUGUCCGAAAAAGAGAUGGAUUUGCUGUUUGACAAGUUGUUGCAAGGUAAAGACGACCAGCAACCACUCAAAGUUAAUACGCAAACGCCUUCCAACACCAGCACACCACUUGCUUCUCCCAUUGAAAAGGUUGAGAGCAGAAAUGAACCGAAAAGUCUUUCAGAAAAUUAUGACUCUGAGAUGAAAGAGAGUAAGGAAAUCAAAACUAAGAAAUCAACACCGAAAUCAGUGAAAAACAGUCGUAGACGUUCACGAAAACACAGUGAAUCAAGCGACGACGAAUUUAAUCUUUCCAAAGCACCCAAAAAGCGUCAAAUUCGUAAAAGUAAACCACGUGACAAUGGUAUCAACCUAGAUGAAGAAAUUAAAGAAUGCAUGGGAGUGGCAGGACGAAAGAGUCAACGUAAAUGCACUAGCGGAAAGCAGAACGUUUUGAUUGAAUACUGGAGUUCAGAUGACUCAGAAUUUGAAGCUAUGUUGCGAUUGAGCAUGCAAGAGUCGGGAACAACUGAGAAAAUUAAAGAAUCACGGCAACCUAAAACCACACCAGCAUCUCAACCCACUCCGCAGUUAAAGAGUGUUGCCAACGACGAUACUCAUAUCGACACUGACGAUGUGCAAAACAAUAAAAUCGAGAGACGUAAAGAGAUACUUAGAUCACCCAAUCCAUUUGAUGGUCCAGUAGAAGAUUCAUUGACUGAACCACCAGCCCUUGAUACAACUACCACCAUUUCAAGUGCACCACCGAAAAACAAAACGAAACGCUCCAGCAGUAGUGUUAAGAGUAGAACCGACAGCAGAGAGAAUAAAUCACCCAGAGCGCCGAAGGCAAAACACCCACGUGUACCAAGAUCACCCCAGGACGAGGAAACAUUAGCGGCUAACCGCAGGAAACGAGCGGCCGUCGACACUUUGUACUACUGGUCAUCGUCUAGCGAAGAUGAUACCCAGAACCUGAUAGAGGUAAAGUCGGUUCGGGAUGAAAUUGAUGAUGAAGAAGAUCGACCACAGCACGGGUGGAUUGUGGGCGACUCGCCUAAAAAGUUGGUCACGCUAUUGGCCCAUGCCAAGGGCAAGAAAACAAAUCGAUAGAUCAAUAGUAAAGAUUCCAGCAAUGAGUAAAACUUGACUUUGAAAAGAAGCGGCUUUGAUGAAUGUAAAAAAUAACUUUUGUAUUGUAAAUAACUACACGUUCAAUGGGCUUUUAACUAGUAACGAAAUGGACUACCUAACUAAAAGAUGAUCGCUUGUACAUAGCGCAUUGGAGAAAUGCAUUUAAUUGUUAAUAUAAUUAAUCGAUUUAAACGUACGAAAAUGCAGUGAUUCAAUGUGAAAAUAUUUUGUUAGUGAAUAACAAGGUGAGACAGACUUUAUUUAUAUGCUAAGGAAGCAAACAAGAGAAAUAUGUAGUACAAUUUUAUAUUUACAUUUUGCAUAAUUACCAUUUAUUAUAAUCGCUAGUAAAAUGUGAGGUAAACGAAUUUUAUUGCUGAAUAAUUAAUUAGGCUUUGUUAGUUUUUGGGUUUCACGUCAACGGGGCCAUCAGAUUGGAUGAUCAUUUGGAUGAUUGCUCAGCAUGUGGCGAUGCACCCGAAAAUAUCUGGUCUAUUAAAUAAUAAUUUUUGUAGGUAGCACGAUAAAAGCAGUAGAAACAUUGAUGCAUCACAAGUUCAUAUUUAAUGCCAUUUAUGUUAGUUUAAUUUUUUUUACUUGCGUGAAAAUUCUUGCUGCAAAAUAUGUAACAAACGAAGAGAAAAAGUAUGUGUUCAUUACGUUUAUAAUUACUAAUACAUAAUAAUUACGUUAAAACGAGUCGUAUUAUGUAAACAUUUCGAUUUUUGUUCUUUUUUUAUUCAAUGUUUUAAAAAAAGAUGUUUGAAACAAUUGUAUAUGUGCGUUAAAGUGUUCGUAUGAUUCAUUUACUGGUUGGCAGCACAUUCGAAAUUAUUUUUUUGGUUUAAUAUCUUUUGUUAGGGACAAGGAGUAUUGUUCUUUUUGAAUCCAUUGAAUUUAUGCAUUACGUUCAUAUUGUUUUUCAUUAUUCCACUGCCAAAUUGUGCCUUCGGAUUAAUUCAUUUGAUUGAUUGUCUGAUUGAGAUGUCUAGUUUUUUAAUGAUACUACUACCAUAACUAGGGUAUAAACAAAGUGUAGAUAGUUUUAAGCGAUAAAUUGUACUGCGAGAGAUAUAAACAUGGUAUGUAAUUUGUUUUUUAAGUUUUUCUGUGUACAUAUACAUAAAACUAGAAAUGAAUAAAACAAAAUAUUCGCAAA